ACCAAAGGACAAAACUCUUUCUCGACCACCUCUGUUCAUUGGUUCCUCCAAAUAUCAAAAGAGUCACAAACACACACAAAAAGAUACCCUGUCUGAAUAAAAACCUCUUCUCUCACUCUUCUCUCGUAAACAUCGCUGUCCCCAAAGCAUGGCCUCUCUCUCAGGCCUCUUCUCUUCCUCUCUCAAACCGUCCAAAACCCUCUCCGUCAAAGCAUUGUCGGCGCCGCCGACAAGAGGAGGAGACUCCUUCUCUUUCCCACACACCUCCAAACCCACCCACCUACCGUUGACUCUCUCCGCUUCUCGCUCCGACAUUUCUCACACGGACGCCGCCACCGCCGCCAAGAAGGAGCUUAUCAAAGAUCCAGAUGCGCUCUGGAAGCGGUACCUAGAUUGGCUGUACCAGCAGAAGGACCUCGGGCUGUAUCUCGACGUCAGCCGCGUCGGAUUCACCGAUGAGUUUGUGGUCGACAUGGAGCAUAGGUUCAAAGCCGCGUUCAAGGCCAUGGACGAGCUUGAGAAAGGGUCUAUAGCGAAUCCAGACGAAGGGAGGAUGGUUGGUCACUACUGGCUUAGGAACUCUAAUCUUGUCCCAAAGCCUACUUUGAAGACGUUGAUUGAGAACACUCUUGACUCGAUCUGUAGUUUCGCUGACGAUAUAAUUGCUGGCAAGAUCAAGCCACCGUCUUCUCCUCGUUUUACUCAGAUUCUUUCUGUGGGGAUUGGUGGUUCUGCUCUUGGUCCUCAGUUUGUUGCUGAGGCCUUGGCUCCUGAUAAUCCUCCAUUGAAGAUAAGAUUCAUUGACAACACCGACCCUGCUGGAAUAGAUCAUCAGAUUGCACAGCUUGGGCCAGAGCUUGCCUCAACUUUAGUAAUUGUUAUCUCAAAGAGUGGAGGCACUCCUGAAACUAGAAAUGGACUACUGGAAGUACAGAAGGCGUUCCGAGAAGCUGGUCUGAACUUCGCAAAACAGGGUGUUGCAAUAACACAAGAAAACUCGUUGCUGGAUAACACGGCGAGAAUUGAAGGUUGGUUAGCUAGGUUUCCUAUGUACGACUGGGUGGGUGGAAGAACAUCUGUUAUGUCUGCAGUUGGUCUCCUUCCAGCUGCACUUCAGGGAAUUGAUAUUAGAGAGAUGCUUUCUGGUGCUGCAAUAAUGGAUGAGGCUACUAGGACAACUUCGCUCAAGAAUAAUCCUGCAGCGCUCUUAGCCAUGUGUUGGUACUGGGCUUCUGAUGGCGUUGGUUCCAAAGAUAUGGUGAUCCUUCCUUACAAGGAUAGCUUAUUGCUAUUUAGCCGGUAUCUGCAGCAGUUGGUCAUGGAAUCACUAGGAAAGGAGUUUGAUCUUGACGGUAACACUGUUAAUCAAGGGUUAACUGUAUAUGGAAACAAAGGGAGCACAGAUCAGCACGCCUACAUUCAACAACUGAGGGAGGGUGUGCCCAACUUCUUUGCAACCUUCAUAGAGGUGCUACGUGACAGACCUCCAGGUCAUGAUUGGGAGCUUGAGCCAGGUGUCACUUGUGGAGACUACCUCUUUGGGAUGCUUCAGGGAACUAGAUCUGCUUUAUAUGCAAACGGUAGAGAGUCCAUUAGUGUUACCAUCGAGGAAGUGACACCAAGAUCUGUUGGGGCUAUUAUAGCUCUCUAUGAAAGAGCGGUUGGGUUGUAUGCCUCACUUGUCAAUAUUAAUGCUUACCACCAACCUGGUGUGGAAGCCGGGAAGAAGGCGGCAGCUGAAGUGCUUGCACUUCAAAAGCGUGUAUUGUCAGUUCUUAAUGAAGCCAGUUGUAAAGAUCCGGUAGAGCCAUUGACACUGGAUGAGAUAGCUGAUCGUUGCCAUGCUCCUGAAGAAAUUGAGAUGAUAUACAAGAUCAUAGCUCACAUGUCUGCAAACGACAGAGUUCUGAUAGCUGAAGGUAGCUGCGGGUCGCCAAGGAGUGUUAAAGUGUACCUUGGCGAGUGCAAUGUGGAUGACAUGUACGCAUAAUAAAACUUUCUCAAACGCACAAAUGAGUCUCAAUCUCUGUUCUGUUGUUUUGCUUAUUUAUUUCUGCAACGUCUAUGAUUUUGAAAUAUUAAUAAAAGAUUGCAAUAAGAGCAGGAAACACUUGUGUACUGAAAACAUUGCAGGCUUCAUCAAUCGAUCACUUGUUUAGAUCUCAA